ACGGUCGGUAUAUCCGCAUCGUCAGAUUUAGACAUCAAUUGUCACCAUGAAGUUGUUGUUGGUCGCCGUAUGCUGCGUGGUCGCGCUGGGGUGCGCGGGCGCGGAGGUGCCAAUCGUGCUACACUACCACGAGUCUGAGGGUAUUCAGAAAGCGGAGCAAAUCCGGCAAUCGGAAAUAGCCGCGGACUUCGACGGCAGCAGAAUCGUCGGUGGAUCGCAGGCCAACCUCGGCGCUUAUCCCUACAUGGGUGGUCUGGUUAUCACUUUGACCAACGGGCGAACUUCAGUCUGCGGCUCCUCGCUGCUGUCCAACACGAGGCUGGUAACCGCCGCCCACUGCUGGUGGGAUGGUAGCAGCCAGGCGCGCCAAUUCACCGUCGUGCUCGGCUCCGUCCGCCUCUUCUCCGGCGGCACUCGCAUCAACACCAACAGAGUUCAGAUGCACGGCAGCUGGAACCCGAGGAACGCCAACAACGACGUCGCUGUCAUCACUAUCAAUUCGGUUAAUUUCAACAACAACAUCAACCGCAUAGCGUUGGCGUCGGGCAGUAGCGACUUCGCGGGCACGUGGGCGGACGCCGCCGGCUUCGGCAUCACCAGGGAUGGCGCUGGCAUCGGAAAUAACCAGGCGCUGUCGCACGUCCGUCUGCAGGUGAUAACCAACGCAGUCUGCAGAAACACGUACGGCUCCUCCAUCAUCGUAUCCUCCACGCUGUGCACGAGCGGCGCCAACGGCCGCAGCACCUGUGGCGGCGACUCCGGCGGUCCUCUCGUCGCAAACAACAGACUGAUCGGCAUCACAUCUUUCGGAUCGCCCAACGGCUGCCAGCGCGGACACCCUGCCGGAUUCGCGCGCGUCACCUCCUUCAACUCCUGGAUCAGUUCCCGCCUUUUAUACUACAAUAAUUCUAAACCCAUGACGUCGCUGUCAAACCAGUACGAAUGUGCACCUUGCAAUAAUAAGAAGGUAUAUUGGUAUAAAAAGGUAAUAACCAGUUAUUUGAGCGAGAUAAUAAAAAAAAUGAAAUUCCUGACUGCUGUAUGUUUGCUGGUAGCUGCGUGCCUGGCGCAGGCAGAGGGUGCGCAGGAGCGGGUACUCCUGCACUACCACGAGAAUGUGGGCAUCCAGCGCGCGGCGGAGAUCAAGCAAGCUGAGCUGGCGGCUGACUUCGACGGCAGCAGGAUUGUGGGCGGCUCUCCUGCCGCGCUUGGACAGUACCCUUACAUGGGUGGUCUGGUCAUCACUCUGACCAACUUCCUGACGUCAGUUUGCGGCUCGACUUUGAUCUCCAACACCCGACUGGUGACCGCCGCUCACUGCUGGUGGGACGGUCGCAACCAGGCACGCCAGUUCACCGUCGUGCUCGGCUCCAUCCGCCUCUUCUCCGGCGGUACUCGCAUCAACACCAAUAGAGUGGAGAUGCACGGCAGCUGGAACCCUUCCACAGUCAACAAUGAUAUCGCCAUAAUCACUAUCAAUUCAGUCAGCUUCAAUAACAACAUCAACAGCAUCGGACUGGCGUCAGGUAGCAACGACUUCGCCGGCCAGUGGGCGCAGGCUGUCGGCUUCGGCGCCACCAGAGACGGAGGCAGUGUGGGCAUCACACAGACACUGGCUCACGCGCGUGUGCAGGUGAUCACAAACGCUGCGUGCCAGCAAGUUUACGGACCACAGGUUAUCGUAGCCUCGACACUAUGCAUCAGCGGCGCGGGCGGCAUCAGCACUUGCCACGGCGACUCCGGCGGCCCGCUCGUCGCCAACAACCAGCUGAUCGGUGUGACUUCAUUCGGCUCUAACUCCGGCUGUCAGCGCAACCUGCCCGCCGGCUUCGCUCGUGUCACCUCCUUCAACUCCUGGAUCAGGGCCCGCAUGUAAAUCAAUCUGAUUCUUAAUCGGAAUAAAUAAAGUCUAUUUUUCUACA